GUUGACUAUAGCUAACUAGCGAUUGUGAUACUCUAUUCUAUGUAAAAUACAGGUAAUCCAGACAUCUUUUGGUUUAGUGACUAGAAUUUGUAAAAACGAUGAAGAGUAGCAUCAUGUAAGCCUAAUUUUAUUUCGACCGGAAAAUUAAUAGGUCCAGGCAUGCUACAGAUGAAUAAGGCUUGUUUACUACAAAAUUCCAUAAUUCAUUUGGCAGCAUCGACAAAGUUUUUUUUUAAAUACUUACCUAUGAUUGAAAGCUUUUUCUUCACCCCAUUCCUUACAAGGGGAACAUUGAGUUUCAGGCGUUUUGACGUUUCAGUAAGGGCAAUGUUGUUUUUACGUGGUGAAGGUGCCAGACUCACAGCCAAACUCCUCUCUUUUCCUGGCUUACCAUUGACUAGUAAACAAGGUGAGUCAACUGGAGACCAAACCCCGACGAUAUGCUUUGCUGAUCAGGAUCGUAUUAUUGAAACGCGGACAAACUAAAUUUGACAGUCGGAUGAAAACUGAUGCAUUCGACAUGGUUUGUUUGAGGGUCUUUGUAAAUACAAAAUGCAACUCAUUAUGCACUUUUUCCAAUCAAAUAUCAUGGGUUAUUAAAUUAGAUUUCCAUUCAAAUUCGAAAAUACACAAUAAAUUUAUUCUGAUCAAAAUGUUAUAUGUAUCCAAAACUCAGCAUUUAAUUCACUGACUGGACAAUAAAAAAAUGUUGGCUUUUAUUUUGACCUAUAAUACAUUCGCAUUUUGACACUAGCUCAUUUUUAGCUUCAUUUCUAGCAUUUAGUGU